CUCGAAUUUCUCCACGCGACGGCAGCACCCUACCAGAACCUCCUUCUUCAACCACCUUGCUCCCUUCUCAAUCCAACUCCGUCGCCUUCGACCUCCCCUCCUCAGCAACAGAUCAACGUCAAGCACACAAGUAUCGACAAGGACAGGGCAGCAGAAGGCGAGUCCGGCGUCGAGAAGAUGUCCGCACACGCACCCACCUCCCGCUCCCGCGAAGCUCCGCAAGGCGACGAAGAAGCCAGCUCCGAACUGAAGCUCGGUGAAUUCCAGGAUGUAGACGCGUUGACGCAUAGUGAAGCGGCGCUGGUUAUCAAUGCGCUGGUGCAGAAGCGGAGCGCGGAUCGGAAGAAUGUCAAUGAGACUGAGAUGCUCUCCAAAACCCGCGACUACCUAGAUCACUUCGCGCGCUUCAAGCGGAAAGAGAAUGUCGAGGCUGUAGAACGCUUAUUAUCAGCGCAUAAAGAGCUGGCGAAGUUUGAGAGGGCACAGUUGGGCAGUUUGUGCUGCGACACGGCCGAAGAAGCAAAGACUCUGGUCCCGAGUCUGCAGGACAAGAUCUCGGAUGACGAUUUGCAGGAGCUAUUGGAUGAGAUUACGAAGUUGAUGGGAUACGGCAACUAAGCCUCUCUUUCUCCUCUCUUAUGGAAUGGGAGGACACCAGAGCAUAGCCGAAAAUCG